AUGUCGAAUCGUGGGAAAGGCCUGGACCCAGAGGUCUUUUGCAUAGCAGACCUGGAGGAAAAAGGGUCUGCAAAUUUGCCCAAGGCGUAUAGAGAUUAUUACAACGAUGGCGCCAUGGAUAUGUUAACUAGUCUUCGGGACAACCAAAAUGCCUUCGAUAGAUAUAAAAUUCGCCCAAGAGUGUUACGCAACGUCUCUAAGGUUGAUCCAUCGACUACCAUUUGUGACACCAAGGUGUCUUUUCCAUUCGGUUUCUCUCCCGCAGCGAUGCAUAAAAUCGCGCAUCCAGACGGCGAGGUAGGAACCUCGAGAGCUGCAGCCGCAAUCGGGGUUCCUAUGGGCCUGUCAGCCUAUGCUACCGAUCCCUUAGAAGCUGUGAUAGAAGCGGGACGAGGGAACCCGUAUUUUAUGCAGGUCAACUUUUUGAUGGACAAAAGUAUCAUGAUUGAUAUUUUGACCCGGGCAGAAAGAUCCGGAUACAAGGCCAUUCUGCUCACGGUCGAUGCCCCCAUCUACGGGAUUCGCCACAAUGAAGGUCGAAAUAACUUUUGCCCACCUGAAGGAAUCCAAUAUCCGAAUAUGGCACCCGGGAAAGAGUUGAGGUUUGAUGUGGAAGAGGAAUACUCUCUUGAUUACGAUCCGAGCUUGACCUGGAAAGAGGCCGUUGACUUCCUGCGAAAACACACGAAAUUGGAUAUCUGGAUUAAAGGAGUUUACACCCCGGAGGACGUCUCGUUGGCAAUUUCUCACGGACUAGAGGGAGUGGUGAUAUCUAAUCACGGCGGUCGCCAAUUAGACAGUGUACCUGCUACGCUAGACGCAUUGAGAGAAUGCGCCCCGGUAGCGAAGGGUAAGAUUGCAAUUGCAAUUGACGGGGGUAUUCGACGGGGGAGCGACAUUUUCAAGGCAAUCGCACUUGGAGCGGAUUUCUGCUUUGCUGGACGAAUUCCUAUCUGGGGCCUUGCGUACAACGGUACAGCCGGGGUAGAGCUCUCACUCAAGAUUUUAUACAAGGAAUUCAAGCAAGUCAUGGGGCUCGCAGGGUGUGUAUCUCUUUUCCCUGAAGUCGGGCAGCUCAAUACUGAUAUAAAGAGCAGGUGCACAAAUGUUGGUGAGAUCAAUCGCAGCCACUUAUCCGUGCUUGACUGCAAAGGAAGAUUGUCCAAGAUAUGA